GUCCAUAAGUGUAGGUGUGUCCUGCGUGGCUACUUAAUGAUACCUACUGAUCCUAGAAACUGUUAGACAAUUUAAAGUUUGCAGCUCAUGGAAGCGCCAGCACUUAUAAGCACAUUUCUGCUACUCCUACAAAUAACCACAGAAUGCAGAGGGCAACUUGUGUGUGGGCAAGCUCCUCUCAACAGCCAAAUGACUGGGGGUCAAGCACCUCCCCCGGGUGCGUGGCCCUGGCAGGUCAGCCUGCAAAGGUUUGGGAGACACUUCUGCGGGGGGUCGCUCAUCAACAGCGAUUGGGUUCUGACAGCCGCGCACUGCUUCGAAACGGCUGGAGUUGUGACAGCAAUUGUGGGUCGUCAUAGCCAACUGGGCCCCAAUCCUAACGAGGAAAGCCUCAGCAUCUCUCAGAUCAUCCCCCAUCCCGAUUAUGACGAGCGCACCUUCGACAACGACUUGGCACUUUUGAAGGUUUCUUCGCCCGUCCUCUUCAACGACUACAUCAGGCCCGUCUGCCUGGCUGACAACGGAAGCACCUUCUUCUCCGGAACUGACAGUUGGGUCACAGGAUGGGGGGUCGGCUUGGGAGUCACCCAAAACCUGAUGGAGGCGAACAUUCCUGUAGUAGGAAACCGCCAGUGCAAUUGCGACUACAACGAGACCAUGAUCACAGACAACAUGAUUUGUGCCGGCCUGAGAGACGGAGGAAACGACACCUGUCAGGGUGAUGGUGGCGGUCCCCUGAUGAGCAGGCAAGGGUCCGUGUGGGUCCUGAGCGGGGUGCUGAGUUUCGGAUUAGGUUGCGCCUGGCCGGGGAUUCCGGGCGUCUACACGCGAGUAUCCCAGUACCAGGAUUGGAUCAGCAUCGUCGCGGGCCACAGCAACUCGCUAGGCUUCGUCAGCUUCAUGUCUGUGGGCACCGAUCCAGACCUGGAGGUCAACUGUAACACGAGCCCACCCCUCAACAGCAACAGCCUGCGCAGCAUUACGGAAUUUCCAUAUCCCCCCACCAUCAUCGCCUCAAAGUGCCCUGUGUUGACUUGUCCCGAAUGCAUAUGCCACGAAUCUCCUUCGCCCGUGCCCGCCCUUAACCUGCCACAAGAUGCAUGCGGGCAGGCCCCACUCAAUGGCCAGAACUUUGGGGGCCCAUUGGCCUCGCCUGGGGCGUGGCCCUGGCAGGUGAGCCUGCAGUCGUUUGGGUACCACUUCUGUGGGGCCACACUCAUCAAUAGAGAGUGGGUGCUGACGGCCGCACACUGCAUUACGAGUUCAACGGUGAUAGCGUCUCUGGGUCGUCAGUGCCUGCAGUGUUUCAACGAGAACGAGGUCAGACGCCCCGUGGUGGAAAUCAUCCUCCAUCCCGACUUCGACCCGCUCACCCGCGACAACGACUUGGCCGUAUUGAGGCUGUCCUCGCCUGUCACCUUCAACGACUACAUCAGGCCAGUCUGCUUGGCCGCCAGCGGAAGCACCUUCUUCCUAACCAAAAGCUGGGUCACUGGAUGGGGGAGCCUCGCCUCUGGAGGUUCUCAACUGCCACCCAUCAACCUGAUGGAAGUUAACCUUUUCGUGGUAGGGAACAACCAAUGCGAUUGCGACUAUGGUGGAGGAGUUAUCACCAACAACAUGAUUUGUGCUGGCCUGGAAGACGGAGGAAAUUAUGCCUCUCAGGCUGACUCUGGCGGUCCCAUGGUGGGCAGUUUUGGAUCUCGGUGGGUCCUCAACGGGGUGAUGAGCUUUGGGAUAGGUUGCGGCCAGCCGGAGAGGCCAGGCGUGUACACACGGGUGUCCAGAUACAAUGAUUGGAUCAGAAGCCACACAAGCAGCGGAGACCUCCCCGGCUCCGUCAGCAUCAUGAUCCCGGGGACCGACCCAGACCUCGAAGUUAACUGUUUUGCCAAUAACGUCCAACCAACAUCGGCACCAACAUCGGCACCAACAUCAACACCAAUAUCACCACCAAUAUCACCACCAAUAUCACCACCAACAUCAACAUCAACACUAUCAACACCAACAUCACCACUCUCAUUUGCCACACUACCACGACCACCGUCAUCAACACCGUCAUCACCACCAACAUCACCCCCACCAUCACCACCACCACCACCACUAUUACUAUCACCACCACCACCACCACCACCACCACCACCAUCACCACCACCACCACCACCACCACAGGCCAAUACCAACACAGGCCUCUUCCCUCCCACGGGAAGUCUAGCCACACCACCACCACCACCGUCCUCCAACACCAUCACAAGCCUCCCUCCGAAUACCGACACAGACCUCUUCCCUCCCAUGGAAAGUCUCCUCACACCGCCGCCACCGCCGCCGCUGCCGCCGCCGCCACCGCCAUCUCCGCCACCACCGCCGCCACCAUCGUCAUCAUCAACACCGUCAUCAACAUCGUCAUCACCACCACCAUCAUCAACACCGUCAUCACCACCAUCGUCCUCCAACACCAUCACAAGCCUCCCCCCUAAUGCCAACACAGGCCUCUUCCCUCCCAAUGGAAGUCUCGCCACAACAUCACCACCACCACCACCGUCCUCCAACCCCAUCACAAGCCUCCCACCGAAUACCAACACAGGCCUCUUUCCUCCCACGGGAAGUCUCGCCACACCACCACCACCACCGUCCUCCAACCCCAUCACAAGCCUCCCCCCGGAUGCCAACACAGGCCUCACACAACCAUCACAACCACCACAAGCUUCUAUGGGAAGUCUCGCCACACCACCACCACCACCACCGUCCUCCAACCCCAUCACAAGCCUCCCCCCGAAUACCAACGCAGGCCUCUUCCCUCCCAUGGGAAGUCUCGUCACAACAUCACCACCACCACCACCACUGUCCUCCAACCCCAUCACAAGCCUCCCCCCGAAUACCAACACAGGCCUCUUCCCUCCCACGGGAAGUAUUGCCACACCACCACCACCACCACCACCACCACCACCACCACCACCACCACCGUCCUCCAACUCCAUCACAAGCCUCCCUCCGAAUACCAACACAGACCUCUUCCCUUCCAUGGGAAGUCUCCCCACACCACCACCGCCGCCGCUGCCACCGCCACCACCGCCAUCACCGUCACCACCGCCACCACCGCCACCACCGCCACCACCAUCGUCAUCAUCAACACCGUCAUCACCAUCGUCAUCACCACCACCACCACCAUCACCAUCAUCUACACCGUCAUCACCACCAUCGUCCUCCAACACCAUCACAAGCCUCCCUCCGAAUACCGACACAGACAUCUUCCCUCCCAUGGAAAGUCUCCUCACAACAUCACCACCACCACCACCGUUCUCCAACCCCAUCACAAGCCUCCCCCCAAAUACCAACACAGGCCUCUUCCCUCCCACGGGAAGUCUUGCCACACCACCACCACCACCACCGUCCUCCAACACCAUCACAAGCCUCCCUCCGAAUACCAACACAGACCUCUUCCCUCCCAUGGAAAGUCUCCCCACACCAUCACCGCCGCCGCUGCCACCGCCACCACCGCCAUCACCGUCACCACCGCCACCACCACCACCACCGCCACCACCGCCACCACCGCCACCAACACCGUCAUCACCAUCGUCAUCACCACCACCACCACCACCAUCAUCUACACCGUCAUCACCACCAUCGUCCUCCAACACCAUCACAAGCCUCCCUCCAAAUACCGACACAGACCUCUUCCCUCCCAUGGAAAGUCUCCUCACACCGCCGCCACCGCCGCCGCCGCUGCCACCGCCACCACCGCCAUCAUCCCCACCACCGCCACCACCAUCGUCAUCGUCAACACCGUCAUCAACAUCGUCAUCACCACCACCACCACCAUCAUCAACACCGUCAUCACCACCAUCGUCCUCCAACACCAUCACAAGCCUCCCUCCGAAUACCAACACAGACAUCUUCCCUCCCAUGGAAAGUCUCCUCACAACAUCACCACCACCACCACCACCGUUCUCCAACCCCAUCACAAGCGUCCCCCCAAAUACCAACACAGGCCUCUUCCCUCCCACGGGAAGUCUUGCCACACCACCACCACCACCACCGUCCUCCAACACCAUCACAAGCCUCCCUCCGAAUACCAACACAGACCUCUUCCCUCCCAUGGAAAGUCUCCCCACACCAUCACCGCCGCCGCCGCCACCACCGCCACCACCAUCGUCCUCAUCAACACCAUCAUCAACAUCGUCAUCACCACCACCACCACCAUCAUCAACACCGUCAUCACCACCAUCGUCCUCCAACACCAUCACAAGCCUCCCCCCUAAUGCCAACACAGGCCUCUUCCCUCCCAAUGGAAGUCUCGCCACAACAUCACCACCACCACCACCACCACCGUCCUCCAACCCCAUCACAAGCCUCCCACCGAAUACCAACACAGGCCUCUUCCCUCCCAUGGGAAGUCUCGUCACAACAUCACCACCACCACCACCACCGUCCUCCAACCCCAUCACAAGCCUCCCCCCGAAUACCAACACAGGCCUCUUCCCUCCCACGGGAAGUCUUGCCACACCACCACCACCAGCACCACCACCGUCCUCCAACACCAUCACAAGCCUCCCUCCGAAUACCAACACAGACCUCUUCCCUUCCAUGGAAAGUCUCCCCACACCGCCACCACCACCGCCGCCGCCACCGCCGCCACUGCCGCCGCCGCCGCCGCCACCGCCACCACCAUCGUCAUCACCACCAUCAUUAACACCGUCAUCACCACCGUCAUCACCAACACCACCACCAUCAUCAACACCGUCAUCACCACCAUCGUCCUCCAACACCAUCACAAGCCUCCCCCCUAAUGCCAACACAGACCUCUUCCCUCCCAUGGGAAGUCUCUCCACACCGCCACCACCACCGCCGCCACCGCUGCCACCGUUGCCACUGCCACCACCGCCACCACAAUCGUCAUCACCACCAUCAUCAACACCGUCAUCACCACCGCCGCCGCCACCACCGCCGCCACCACCGCUGCCGCCACCACCGCUGCCGCCACCACCGCCACCGCCAUCACCGCCACCACCGCCACCACCAAUACUUUCCCCCCCCGAUACUACCAUCAGCUUCUCCACUCCCAAUUCAGCCACCACAUGCGGGCUGGCCCCACUCAACAGCCGCAUCGUGGGGGGUCAGGUGGCUGUCGAGGGCGCGUGGCCUUGGCAGGUCACUCUGCAAGAUUUGAGGGGCCACGUCUGCGGGGGGUCACUCAUCAACAGCCAGUGGGUGCUGACGGCCGCACACUGCUUUCGUAGUUUCAACCCAGUGAUGGCGAUUAUGGGCCGACGGAGGCUACAAGGUCCCAAUCCCAACGAAGAGAUCCGCAGCAUCUCUCAGAUCAUCCGCCAUCCCGACUUUGAUGAGCCCACCUUUGACAACGACUUGGCCUUGGUGAGGCUUUUGUUUCCCGUGCCUUUCAACAACUUCAUCGCGCCCGUCUGCCUGGCCGCCAGCGGAAGCACCUUCUUCACCGGAACCGACAGCUGGGUCACCGGAUGGGGAAGACUCGACUUUGGAGUUCCAACCCUUUCCAACGAAUUGAUGGAGGUGGAUGUUCCCAUCAUAGGAAACCGACAGUGUAAUCUCGAUUACACGCCGCUGAUAAUCACCAACAACAUGAUUUGUGCCGGCCCGAGAGAAGGAGGAAGGGACGCCUGUCAGGGUGAUUCUGGUGGUCCAUUGGUGAGCAAACUAGGUGCCAGGUGGAUCCAAAGCGGGAUCGUGAGUUUUGGCAUAGAUUGCGCCCUGGCCAGUUUUCCGGGCGUCUACACACGGGUGUCACGGUACCAGGAUUGGAUCAACAGCAUCACAAACGACGACGACCCGCCGGGGUUUGUCACUUUCACGUCCCCGGGAAUCAACCCCGACCUCCAAGUUCCAAUUGGUCCAUCCUUGCGCUUUGUGGAGAUGAACGAGAUGGACAAGCUGAUGUUGAAGACAUUGCUGCUACUGCUGCUGGGCACAGAAUGUGGAGCGCAACCAGACGUGUGCGGACUGGCCCAGCUCAAUAGCCGCAUCGUGGGGGGUCAGGCGGCUUCCGAAGGUGAUUGGCCCUGGCAGGCCAGCCUGCACAGGCCUUCCGGCGGCCAUUUUUGCGGGGCGACGCUCAUCAACAGCGAGUGGCUGCUGUCGGCCGCACACUGCUUUUCCAGUGCCAGACCUGUGGGGGCGUUUUUGGGUCGUCAAAGUCAGCAAGGUUCAAAUGCAAACGAGGUUAGCCGCGACAUAGUCGAAACCAUCCGCCAUCCCGACUACAACCCGAGUACCUUCGACAAUGACAUCGUCCUAUUGAGGCUUUCCUCACCCGUGACCUUCAACAACUUCAUCGCGCCUGUUUGCCUAGCCGCCAGCGGAAGCACCUUCUUCACCGGCACCGACAGCUGGGUCACCGGAUGGGGCAACAUCGGCUUCGGAGUUCCGCUACCAUUCCCUGAAAACCUGAUGGAGGUGGAGGUUCCCGUGGUGGGAAACAACCAAUGCAAUUGUGACUACGACAAUAGGAUCACAGACAACAUGAUUUGUGCGGGCCUGCGAGAAGGAGGGAGGGAUUCUUGUCAGGGUGAUUCUGGCGGUCCAAUGGUGAGCAAGCAAGGUGCUAGGUGGGUUCAAAGCGGGGUGGUGAGCUUUGGAGAAGGUUGCGCCAGGCCAAACCUGCCGGGCGUCUACGCGCGGGUGUCUCGGUACCAGAGUUGGAUCAGCAGCCAUAUUGGUAGCGACAACUUGCCGGGGUUCGUGACCUUCACGUCCUCGGGAACCGACCCUGACCUGCAGGUUAGCUGCGGUGACCAGACGCCGACCAGCGCAACCCCGCCGCUCAUCAGUACUAGCACACCCACACGGGUCUUUUGCGGCACCGCCCCAUUGAAUGAGCGCCUCUCGGGUUCUGGAUCGGCCACGGCGGGCGAUUGGCCCUGGGUGGCCCGUCUGCAUUUGAACGGAAGUCUCGUAUGUAGCGGCACAUUGGUUAGCGUGGACACCGUGCUGACCAGCGCACAAUGCACCGCACAGUCCGACGCGGUGUCCGAGUGGAUUGUCUUCCUGGGUCAAAGUGGUUCUGAGACAGCGGUGAACGUAAUCACAAUCACAACCAGCACACAAUCGGGUCCGAAUGUGGCGGUCUUGCAGCUGGCUUCGCCGCCGCCGCUGUCCAACUUCAUCCAACCAAUCUGCAUGGCCAGUGGGCAGAUCUUCGCAACUGGUUCCACCUGCUGGGCUGCCGGAUGGAGUACGAGCCAAGGAGGAGAGGUUCUCGAGGAGGUCCAGACGCCUCUGCUGGACUGUGGGAAUGGGACGUCCACCAACUCCAUUUGUACUGAACUGACAAUUGACCAGGAGAAUAUUGGUGGGGCGUUGAUGUGCCAGCUGGGCAGCUUCUGGUACCAGGCGGCGGUGCUGGACACCACCAACUCCAGCAGAGCAGGACGAGAGGACCAAAUGAUUGUCUUGCCUAACCUCAGUGUCUUUAACAACUUCCUGAGACAGGCAGUGGGGGAUUUCUUAUCACCCACCACCUCCAGCUCAGCGCCGUCAUCCCACCUCAGCGAGCUCCUGUUGUUCAGCGUGGGUUUGCACGUUGUCCUGAUGGCAAUAUGUAACUGAACGAAACAGGAAGUGGCACCCGCCAAGUGUCCCAACUUUAAUGUGAAAGCUAUUUUUUAAUUACUUGGAUUAUUGCUUCUGAUGCUAAUCAAACUUUCAACCUCCCCAUUAACUUGUACAGACUUCCAAAGAAAUAAUAUGAACACUAUUUUUUUCUUUACAGAAAAUGUGAAAAUGAAUGAUUCGCUCUUUUUGAUGAUUUUGUCAAAACAUAUUUCUAUAGACACCGUCCUUAAUAAACGUAAAUAGUUUUA